UGCCAGCUGGUGAUCGUGACGGAGUGCAUGUGCUCCUCUCCCAAAACUCAAAAACUCCAAGACAAAUCCCUCCCAGAGCCUCGUUUUCACGUUCUCUGCCCCUCAAUAAGCAGCCACGCCAACGGAUCUCCACCACGGAUCCAAGCCUAUCCGCCGCCAUCGGGAAGCGCGCAAGGUUAACUUGGACGUCAGUGGAUGUUUGGCUGCAACCCGGCGCGGCUGAGCCUGCAUCACCAUGUCGUAGUGCAUCCUUCCGACUACAGGGGUGGUUGCCCUGUCACUAUCUGCUUUUUUUGGUUUUUCUUAAAGGAUCCGUCUGCCCACUCAGCUGCCAUCCUUUCCCUGUGAAUACUUUCUCUUGUCCAUAUUUUCAUACAUACAGAAGCUAUCAUGAAAGUGGCACAUCUUGCGUUGGCCGUUGUCCCGGCAGCAGCUCUCACGCUAUCUGAAGUCCAGCAGCAGAUUGCGGGCUUUGCGACAACCGUACAGAAGAGCCCAGAGACAUCGCCAACUCUUGGAUGCCGCAUUGCUGUAAAUUGCAACUUCUACUCCCCUGACCACACCUAAAUCGCGACCAAUACUGACCCAUCUGCUCUGUUUCUAGUGCCAAUUCCUUCAAACCGCGCUCCCAGAGGCUCUCUUCCUGCCCAAUUCCACCGUCUAUGAGCAAACGGAGCUAUCCUACUGGUCGCAACAGCAAUCCAAGGUCCGCCCAGCUUGCCGCCUGCUACCGGCGACCUCAUCUGAUGUCUCGCUCGCUCUCCUCGUCUCGCGUGCCACACAAUGCCCCUUUGCCGUGAAGAGCGGUGGUCAUUCGCCCGCCCAGGGUUCCUCCAACGUCCAAGGUGGCGUCACUAUCGACUUUGCGCGCAUGAAAGACAUCCAGAUAUCUGCAGACAAGACGGAGGUGGCCAUUGAGCCUGGAAACGUAUGGUAUGACGUCUAUACCCACCUGCUGCCGCACAACAUCACCGUUAUUGGCGGCCGUGUCUCGCCCAUUGGCACCAGCGGUCUCACCCUGGGUGGUGGCAUCUCCUUCUUCUCCAACCAGCACGGUUGGGCUUGCGACAAUGUCAACGCAUACGAGGUUGUCAUGGCCGACGGCACCCUGCGCACUGUCACCGCGAAGCAAUACCCAGAUCUCUACUGGGCGCUCCGCGGCGGUGGCAACAACUUUGGCAUCGUCACUCGUCUUCACCUUGCGGCGUAUCCCCAGGGCGAUCUCUGGGCCGGCAGUCGAUUCUACCCUCUCACUGACGAAAACACCAAGGCGCACACCGAGGCCCUCGCUCACUUUACCGAGCGCAGCACGGAGGAUCCCAAGGCGCAGGUCAUCCAGGCAUAUGUCUACGCACAAGUCUACAACAUGUAUGUUCUGGCGUCGGAUCUGCAGUAUUCCGUGCCGCAGCCGUUCCCUGCCAUUCUGUCCAACUUUACUGCCAUUCAAGGCGCGUUUACCGACACGCUGCGCAUCACCGACCUGCCGUCGCUGACCUUGGAGUUCAACGAGAACCAGCCCAAUGGCCUCCGCCAAGCGUGGCAUGCCACCAUGGUGGAAAUCGACGCGGAGCUGCUGCAGGAGCUCGUUGCCAUUUGGAAGGCUGGCGUCGAGGACGUCAAGAACCUAAAGGGCUCGCUUCCCACCUUGGCAAUGCAGCCCUUGUCACUGGACGUUUUGCGACUGAUGGGCAAGAAUGGUGGCAAUGCGCUCGGCCUCGCGGGUGGCAAGAAGCCUCUUCUCCUCGUGAGCUUGCUCUUCACCUGGGCCGAUGAGGCCGACGACGAACUCGUCUACCACACUGCCAAUACUUUGUUUGACCGCGUCGUAGAGGCGGCCAAGGCAAAGGGCCGCUACAACAAGUACAUCUACCUCAACUAUGGUGGCCAGGACCAAAAGGUGCUCCAGAGCUACGGCGACGACAACUAUGCCCGCCUCAAGGCCAUCAGCCACAAAUACGAUCCUCAGCAGGUCUUCCAGAAGCUGCAGCCCGGUGGCUUCAAGUUGUAACUUCAGGGCGCCAUAUUCACGUUAUAGACAGGAUACAAAACAUGUAAUGAAGUAAUCGCAGAUACAUGAGAAAAUGCCCCUUAGCAGGACCUGAAUGAAAUUAAAACAACUUUUUUAGGUUACAAAAUGAAGUGCGCCUUCAUAUGCGUAAGAUAUAAAAUCUUGAGAUGUAAAAUCCCCCUACUCCAGCAUGGCUUUGAGAACCUUGACCUGCUCCAGGACGCGUGCCUUGCUAGUACCACCCUUGGACUGUCGCAUCUCCACGCUUCUCUCGUAGUCAAACGUUUGCGCAACAUCGUCCCCGAAGCGACUAUCAAUAGCCUGUAGUUGCUCCAGUGAGAGCUGGUUCAUCGGGAUGCCUAGUUCCUCGCUCUUGGCAACACAGCGCCCAGAGAUGUGAUGCGUCUCACGGAAGGGUACACCCUUUCGGACGAGAUAAUCGGCCAGAUCAGUAGCCAGCAUAAACGGAUCAAGAGCGGCCUUCAUCUUCUCUGGCUUAACGGUAAGGGUGCUAAGGAUCCCGUUUGCAAUCUGAAGACUAUCAGAGAUGGUCUUUGCAUGGUCCAACAUGGGCUCCCAACUUUCCUGCAAAUCUUUUUGAUAUGUGCUUGGGAGGCCCUUUUGCGUACACAUGAAGCCAGCCAUAUGACCAAAUGCUCGACCAGCUUUUCCUCGCAAGACUAUGGGCUGUUAGUGAAUUUCCAAAGAGCAACAACCAGCACAGAAGAUACUCACGUUCUAAGCCAUCCGGGUUCUUCUUAUUUGGCAUUAGGGAACUGCCUGUGGAAUACGCAUCCGCAAUAGUGAUAAACCCGAAUUCAGCAGAGCAGUAAAGGAUAAGAUCCUCAGCCCAUCGAGAAAUAUGUUGCAUAAACAUGCUGCCCCACUGCAGAAACUCGGUGACAAAGUCUCUGUCACCAACAGCAUUCAUGGAGUUCCAUAGAAGGCCGUCAAAGCCCAGCUCCUCGGCCAUCAUGUCGCGGUCGAUGUUGAAGCCAUUGCCGGCAAGGGCGCCACUGCCAAGUGGGCUUCUGUUCACGCGCUUUGCAGUCUCGCGCAGUCGUUCAAGGUCGUUUGCAAAGUAAAAGCCGUAAGAUAGCAUAUGCUGCGACCACAGAACCGGCAUGGCACGCUGGAGAUGGGUAUAUCCAGGCAUAAGUAUACCGCUAUUCAAGGGUUAGGAGAGUCCAAAAAGACAGGAAUAUUCAGGCUUACUUCUCAGCCUCGGCGCGCUUGGCCAUCGUCUCGAUAAAGGCAACUAGGUGGCCUUCAAGCUCCUGCAUCUGGUUGCGAAGCCACAUGCGCAUAUCGCAGACAACCUGCUCAUUGCGACUGCGGCCUGUGUGUAGUUUGCCGGCAAUGUCCUUGCCAAUAAUCUCACCGAGUCGGCGCUCGUUGGCAGUGUGGAUAUCUUCGUCGUUGGGCAUGAUAACAAAGCUACCUGCCUCCCACUCCUUCUGGACUUCCUUGAGGCCUCUCUCGAUCUCUUUGAACUCGCUGUCGGAGAUGACGCCCGUCUUGGCGUUUGCGCGGGCGAAUGCAAUGCUGCCGAGGAUGUCUUCCUUGAACAGAAGCUUGUCGUACUCAAUGCUCGCAUUGUACUUGAGCAUGAGG